ACCUCAACUGCUCUACGAAUGGUGCAACAAGGUGAUGCAAAAACUGCGUCCGUCUUUCCUCAAGAACCACGAACGCCAUCGCCUAUUAUUUCACUACCCCAGUGUGGAUGCACUUCUCUAUGGCACACUUCAACAACGAUGCCAUGUCUGUUCGAUCCUCGCUUGUUGGUGAGACGAGAACAUCGCAGACCCCGAACUACUAGUAUGACAGAGCCGAUAGGUAGCGACACGUUGUGGGAUCAUUGCUUGGUUGUGUCACCAUUGGAGGGAUCACAGAAUCGAUUUAGAAGAACUGACACUUAUACAGAAAGCUUGGAUGUUGCUCAAGCCACCAAGGACGCAGCAGAUAAAAUCCUGGACUCGAUGCGCACUCACAUCUUCACAGGCCCGCUGGUCAUGUAA